UGAACGUGGUGGAGGCGCUGCAGGAGUUCUGGCAGAUGAAAGCCCAGCGCGGGGCGGAGCUGAAGAACGGCGCCCUGGUCAUCUACGAGUCCGUGCCUUCAUCUUCCCCGCCCUACGUGUGUUACGUCACCCUCCCCGGGGGGUCCUGCUUCGGCUCCUUCCAGAACUGCCCGACCAAGGCCGAAGCCAGACGCAGCGCCGCCAAGAUUGCGCUCAUGAACUCCGUGUUCAACGAGCACCCGUCACGCAGGAUCUCCGACGAGUUCAUCGAGAAGGCCGUGGCCGACGCUCGGGCUCAGUUCAAGCACGUAGCUGACUUGUCCCUCCCCCAGGGUGACCCCGACGAGGCUGACAACCCGAGCACGGGAAUCGGUGCUUUCCGCUUCAUGCUCGAGACCAACAAGGGGCGCACGAUGCUCGAGUUCCAGGAGCUGAUGACGGUGUUCCAGCUCUUGCACUGGAACGGCUCCCUGAAGGCCAUGCGGGAGAGGCAGUGCUCCAGGCAGGAGGUGGUGGCCCACUACUCGCACCGCGCGCUCGACGACGACAUGCGCUCGCAGAUGGCGCUCGACUGGAUCGCCCGCGAGCAGGAGAACCCCGGCGUGAUCUCCCGCGAGCUCGGCCAAAGCGAACGCGAGCUCGAGGCCGCUCGCCUGGCGGGCCGAGAGCUACGCUUCCCCAAGGAGAAGAAGGAUAUUUUAAUGCUAGCGUGCUCGCAGCUGUCACCUUCGCCCCUGGACCCGUAAUGGUCGGGUCCGGGCACAGGCGCUACCGUGAUAUUAGCACCAAGGUGUAGAGGUUUAUGCUUUCAUCUCUGCAAAAUCAAAGCUAAUUUACUUUUUAUUGUUGUAAAGAUUAUGUUUUGUACUGUUUUCUUGUGUGUGUGUUUGUAUAUAAUGUAAAUAAUCAUUCCAAAGAAUUUUAUUAUGUAAUUAUAAUAAUGUUAAGCUUUUGUGGGGUGCACCGGUGAGCCCCACAUUAAAAUACGCACCCCCAGGAUGUUGCCCUUGGGAGGUCGCCUUGAGAGGUCACCCUCAGGUCAUCCUGAAUUCUUCCUAUGGGGAUCAUUCCAAGCAAUCAGUCCUUGGCAGUUACUUCUUCUGAAUCAUCAGAGAGGAGGCCAGAAGUCCGUGAAAGAUUUUUUGGGAGCAGAUGUGUUGCAGGACUCCAAGAACGUAGCUCGUUAGCUUUGUGAGAUCCUGUACAUGCAAUGUGCUUCUUGAAAAUCCACUUUGAAGGAAGUCCUCUGAGGAUUGACGAUUAAGGAUAUCAGAUAGAAAAGGGCACUUUACCCUUGAAAGUUACUUUAAAAAGCUGUCACUGGUGGGUCUCUCGAGAAGUUCUGAAGUAAACAGAGAAGUUAUCCUUAGUAUGUCACCCUUAGGAGGCUUUGGUAUUUAAGAACAUCAGCGAACAGGUACCGUUACUGUUUAAUAUUAUGCCAAGGAGCCUUUCUUUGGAAGCUACCCUCAAGAAGUUGCCAGCGACGAAACACCUUUUUUGGAGUCCGUACUUAACAUGGAAGGUCGCUUCUGGCCAAUCAAUCCCAUGAGGUUACUUAAGAACGUGACGGAAUUUUCCCUUGCUGGAUUCUUUUCCUAGAAGGUGAUGUCCGAGGGUGAACCUUAGGAGGUCACUACGCUGUUUGGUCGAGCCAGGUACUGGUUACUGCGCAGAGACUAUGCUGAGCACAUCCACUAACCAGUUUCUGCUCCUCUCACAUAGUAGAAAGAUGUUCAUUCCAGGACCUGCUAGACUGCCAAUGUUCACACUACCUCCCUCUUCUAGACACUAGUUGUGAUGCCCAUGAAGAUUUUAUUCUCAGAACCUCGCUCGGUGGUUUGACAUCAUGUACGACACUGAUUUUUUCUCUGAAUGGAAGGGUCAGUAGUUAGUGAGGAUUCGAGCAAGUGUAGGAAGCUAGUGAUAGAAAUGUAGGCGAAAAGUACCGUGUACAACAUAAAGGCAUGCAUAGCAAGUCCCUGGCUUGAUAGACAACCUCUACAGUAAUGAAACUCUUGCACCACGCUUUUAACAAUACCACCGAGCACCCUCUUAUGUCAGUGCAGACGUGCUGAUGGCGCUAUAGGUGGUGGUGUCCAACAAAUCGUCACAGUGACUCAAGUUGUAAAACUGCAAUAGUAACAGCAGCGAGAGCAGCGUAGCACCAGGCGCAACAUCAGCAUAAAUCAGCAGUCACACCCCACGACAGUGCCUCCAGUCUCUGCAGCAAGCACCAGGAUUUGGCAAACUGUACAAGAUCUCAUUUGCUGAAACGUGUUAGGAGACUGAUGCGUUAUGUGCUGACGUUUUUUUGUUUAGAAUGAAAAAAAAUUGUGUAGCCUCUCUAACUUCGACGCAGUUUGCUUCUUACGUACAGUUUUGUAUACAUUGCUUGGGAAAAUAUUGGUAUUUUAUAACUUUUUACUGCAUUAACAGAUGGGGUGCCUAUGCUCUAAUUGCUUGACACCUACUCUACACUAUGACACUUCUGCAAAACCCCCAAACAAAUGUGGCUGACAAUAAAACAACCAAAUGAAGAAAUUCUUCUUCUCUGACCUAUUGUAUAAAAUUGAGAGACAAAAUAUAUAGACAUUCGAUCAUCAUUAAAGAUCUGUCCGUAGGGAUACCACUGUCCCACUUGCAAGGCAACAGUACGUAACAAGCACUGUUGUCGCAGUUCUUGGAGAGUUGUGCACAUCUUUAUGUGAUGCUACUUGAAUAUAAAGUACUAUUGUUCUCUCCCUAAGUGAUAUGAGAGGCAAGUGGCACCUUGUAAACUUACUUCUUUUCUCAUAGUUUGUGAUGUCUCGUACGUAACGUAAUGUAAGUUCUCCCAAUGCUUUACAUUCCCAUGAUUUUUUAUACAUAUGUAAUUGUAGUGUGAACUGAUUUCUUUUUUAUGUUUGUUGAUUUAGAUCCUUAGCAAGUCUGAGAGUGCAAUGCACCUUGUGGCUACAGACUGUGCAAUAUGAAUGAAGUGUUUGUGCAAUGGUGUUUGUUGAGCAUACUGGCCUGGAGAGAUGAAGAUGCAAACAGGAAUUUUCUUUACAAUAAUCAGGAAAAAACUGAAUAAUUUCCCACUCACCAAUGUUCAUAUCAAUAGUGUUUUGCAGUUGCUGUGACCAAGCCUCAGUGCCAAAUAAUCUGUGCCAAUCCCAGUGCCAAGUUUUUGGCUAUAUACUUUGCUUAAAGAAUUUUCCAGUGCCAAAAAAUAGAGGAAAGAAAUAAUACAAUACUCUAGUUACUCCAGGCUGGUGGAGGACCCUAAGACAAUCCUUCUGUCGACAGUUUUGCCAUCAGACACGGCGUAGAAUGAGAGAAGUUAGGUGAGGAAGAUGUGCUAGACAAAUAUGUAACUUGUGAUUGUGAAAGACUGUGUAUGGCCCAAACUAAUUUGAAGAAAAAAUAAAAGUGAAGAAACCAUAAUGUUUUUAUACUGCUUUGUGAAGUGGAAGAUUUAUACCCACGUGACAGGACGGAUAGGAUAUUCCUGAAGCGUUACUGAUCUCUAAAAACGAACCCAUGAAGCAUGACGCUAACUUCAGUCUCGAACCAUUGAGUGGACUAGAUUCUAAAAAAAGAUAAUAAUGAUGCACACAUUUCUUCAUGGCACUUCAUUCUAAAAAAUAUUAUUGCAGUCUUCUAAAACAAACGAUGUAUUAACUAAAAAUAGUUCCAGAACAUGAUCAGAGGUCCGUAAAUCUUCAGUUGCAAAUCUUCCAGUGACAAGCCUCUUUUUUGCUGUUAACCCCUUCUCCUCGAGGCAAAAUGGUGACCAUCUUUUGCUACAUUAUGUGAAGAAUCUUUUUGAUUUUUUAAAAUGUCCCCUUUUCGGUUGGUUUUCGUCUUUUUUAGUUAUCAAUGCUAGUCUGGUAUUGUAAUUUGUCUCAUAUUUAUGAUUAUAUUGAUGAUAAUCCUAAUUAGUAUAUUUUAAUUAUCUUAAGUUAAAAGAUAAAACUUCAUGCAACAGACCGUAACGAAGAAAGUGUAAUAAAACAACUAACAAGCGAGUCGGAGAAAUGCACCGUUUUCCAUUUUAACUUCAAUGUACAAUAGGUUCUAAUACUAGUGUGCUUGGCCAACGGUUUCCAUUAUUCAAUCUGCUGUGAUGCUGGAGGAUUAUUUUCCCCCGAAAAUUUCUCAAAGGAUUCUCAAAGGCAAUAGUUAUUACUCCCUCGUUCAACCUUCCAAAAUCAGGCACGGAAAUGUUCAAAAUAAAUGAAAUAACAAUCAGCGUCUAAAAGUACAAUAUGGCCACUUCUUGAUAAAUUUUGGUUAAUUCUUUGCUGUUCACGUUCUUUUGUAAGUUAUUUAUACUCUAUAUGACUGAUGCAGGAAGUCAAGCUAUUUUAUACAUUAUUAUUAUUAUUGUGGUUUUAUCUAGGUAUUAGUAUUUGGUUGAUAGUGCGCAAUAAAGAUAGUAGCUAACGAUUAUUGAAUACUCUUUGUCACAACUUCCACUUUUGUUUCCCUAUACACUGAUGAAAUGUGGUCAAAGAUAAUAAGUAUUUAGUAACCAUUAUACAGUCUGGCUUGAUGGACUAGGAUCCCAUCGCCCCUUUGUACUGGGUAAUAUUAGUAAGGUGGCCGCCGCUCUUUCGUUGUUCAAACCCACCUACUGUUUCCUUGGCGCUCGUGAGGUGCGCGAGAGAGGCAACCCCGUUCCAUCUCGUUUCUUUUAUGUUACUGCCUCUUUGUCCUCUCGAGUUACAGAUUAUGCACCAGUGUAUUGUAUUGUAUGAUAC